GUCCUUUAUUAAUAUAAAAACGAGUAAAAGUAUGAAAAAAGCAUGAGAGACUUCUACAUGUGCGGUGAUGCUUGUUUAAUGUAAAACUAUAAAUUGUUUUAUACUAUUUUUUAGAAAGUGAAUUAUUAACAUGCACAUUCAUUAAUAUUAAAUAAAACGUAUUGAGCGCUAGAAACUUUUAUUUUGAAAAAUAUCCUCCCGGUUGCGGUCGGACUCCGCUCGUUGUUGUUGUAGUCUCCACACAGCGCGUUGUGUUUGGGGGAGACUCUGAAACGGAGACUCAGUCUGAGAUUAGAGCUAAAUGAACAAUGUCCUGUUUCAAGUCUUCUCCUGCACUUUCCUACUUAGCUUAAAUGUGCAUCCUUAGACACUGCAGGACAUUCCACCAAGAAGAAAGUUACGCUGCCUAAACAGGUAUUUAUAUAAGAAUAUGGCAUCCAGAAGAUGUUCUGGUACUUUGCAAACGUCAUCUGGUACCCCCCACACGAACACAUCACGCACACAAACACAGGAACACAGCAAAGAGAUAAAUCAGUACUGCUUGGAGUGUGGAAAGAGUUUUACUGCACUGAGUGCUCUCAAAACACACCAGCGCAUCCACACAGGAGAGAAGGCGUAUCACUGCUCAGAGUGUGGAAAGAGUUUUACUGAACAGAGGACUCUUCGACAGCACCAGCGCAUUCACACCGGAGAGAAGCCGUAUCACUGCUCAGAGUGUGGAAAGAGUUUUACUGAACAGAGGACUCUUCGACAGCACCAGCGCAUUCACACUGGAGAGAAGCCCUAUCAGUGCUCAGAGUGUGGGAAGAGUUUUACUAGACAGAGUAAACUCAAAAUACACCAGCGCAUUCACACAGGAGAGAAGCCAUAUCACUGCUCAGCAUGUGGGAAGAGUUUUAUUAAACAAAGUAAUCUCCAAACACACCAGCGCAUCCACACAGGAGAGAAACCUUAUCACUGCUCAGAGUGUGGGAAGAGUUUUACUCAAAAGAGUAAUCUCGAACAGCACCAGCACAUUCACACAGGAGUGAAGCCGUAUCACUGCUCAGAAUGUUGGAAGAGUUUUACUACACAAAGUAAUUUCAAAAUACACCUGCGCAUCCACACCGGAGAGAAGCCAUAUCACUGCUCAGAGUGUGGGAAGAGUUUUACUGAACAGAGUAAACUCAACAUACACCAGCGCAUCCACACAGGAGAGAAGCCGUAUCACUGCUCAGACUGUGGGAAGAGUUUUACUGCACAGAUUAAUCUCCAAACACACCAGCGUAUUCACACAGGAGAGAAACCAUAUCACUGCUCAGAGUGUGGGAAGAGUUUUACUCAAAAGAGUAAUCUCGAACAGCACCAGCACAUUCACACAGGAGUGAAGCCAUAUCACUGCUCAGAGUGUGGGAAAAGUUUUACUAAACAGUACCAUCUUCAAACACACCAGCGCAUCCACACAGGAGAGAAGCCAUAUCACUGCUCAGAGUGUGGACGGAGUUUUAAUCGACAGAGUCAUCUCAAAACACACCAGCGUAUUCACACAGGAGAGAAACCAUAUCAUUGCUCAGAGUGUGGACAGAGUUUUACUCAACAGAGUAAUCUCAAAACACACCAGCGUAUUCACACAGGAGAGAAGCCGUAUCACUGCUCAAAGUGUGGACAGAGUUUUACUCAACAGAGUGCUCUCAAAAUACACCAGCGCAUUCACACAGGAGAGAAACCAUAUCAUUGCUCAAAGUGUGGACAGAGUUUUACUCAACAGAGUGCUCUCAAAAUACACCAGCGCAUUCACACAGAAGAGAAACCGUUUCACUGCUCAGAGUGUGGGAAGAGUUUCAGGUUUUCAAAGACUGAAAGACUGAAGACACACAAGUGCACUAAGAGCUGAUACCAGGAGUAAUAAGUGUAACCUUAACACAUUCUGGGUGUAAAAGUUUGCAGGAAACGGUAAUUCUAUGUCAGAUUUCAAGAUAUUUUAGAGGAAAACCACCUCUUAUUGCUUUACCCUUUUUGUAAAACAUAACCAUUGUGUUUUCCUGUACUGAACAACAAGUCACGCUCUUACACACAAUGAGAUGUGGUACUUCAGAUUCCCCCAAAAUGUGUUUUAUAUGUAAUAUAUGUAUAUAAAAAUCAAGAGGCUCUACAUUCAAUAAUAUAAGAUCAUCCUUCUCUUCACCCCGUCUCUCUCUCUCUCUCUCUCUCUCUCUCAGCCUGCUUCAUUUUUUAGGCUUUUGUUUAAUUAAGCCUUUCCAUGUGAGGUAAUGUGUGGUUUUGUGAACAUGCUGACCGGUUGAGAUUAUUGUUCUUCAUUUUCUGUAUUAUUCUUAUUGUUCUCUAUUAUUUUUUAUGUUCUUGCAAACUUGAAAAAUCCUAUUAAAUUUCAUAAUCUAUUCUUCUUUUGAAAUUCACUUUUUAGUAAAUGACUGGUCCAUUUUACUGUCACAUUCCAAGCACAAGUUUAUUUAUUUAAACCACCACCAUCUAGGCAGCCGAUCUGUGAGACAGAGAGUCUCCCUACAGGCUGUCACAGGAUUAAAGGCAUCAACUUUUUAGGACUCUUCAUAGGAGGUCAUUUACCCUUUUUCAAAUCCCCCCACCUUCACACCAUAAACAAUCCAUAGAGUUGUUAAGGCCCCCCAAAGAGAUCUACAUUUCUUCCCUUUUGUGUGAAGUAAGCCGUGACAUGAUGUAAAUCAAAUCAAAUCAAAUCAAAUUUAUUUGUAUAGCGCUUUUUACAACUGAUGUUGUCACAAAGCAGCUUCACAGAAAUCCGUU